AUGGGGUGUCGGCSAAUUGAGAGUCGGCGAACUGGGGUGUCGGAAAAUUGGGUGUCGGCAAAUUGGGUUUCGGCGACAUGGGAAGACACGAGUCUUCACGGCUUCACAACCUAUGUACCUCCACAAGGUGUCCGCUGCCAAAAGUGCCUGGAAUUCGGUCAUUGGACUUACGAGUGCAAAGGAAAAAGAAAAUUUGCAGACCGCCCGACUCGCACGACGUUGCUUAGAAGGAAUUUGAACAAGGACAGACCCGCCAGUCAGAUUUUAUCCAAGCCCGCGAAAGAGGAGAAAUCUAAGAAAAAACUGAAAGACGCAAAACGGAAAAAGAAAAAUGUAAACUCUUCCGACUCAGAAAGCGACAGUGACGGUUCUUCCAGCAGCGACAGCAGCAGCAGCAGCGACAAUAGCGACACUGAUAGUGACAGUAGCAGCAGCAGCAGCAGCAGCAGCAGCAGCAGCAGUAGCAGUGGUAGUAGCAGUAGCAGCGGUAAAAGCAGCAAGAAGAGAAGCAAAUCUGAAAAUAAAAAAUAA